ACAAUGGAUGUGUCCCAGGUGACCCUGACUGUCAGAGGAGAAACGUGCCCAGGAGAGGUGAUUGCUGUGGUUGGGAGCUGUGUAUCCCUGGGCUGUUGGAGCUACCAAAAAGCCAUUAUCUUGGACGCACAGAACGAUGAAGGGAAUACAUGGACCACGAUGGUCUCUAUUCCCAGGGGAGUCGAGGUCAAGUACCGGUACUUCAAGGGCUUCUUUCUGGAAGCAAAAAGUGUGGGCGAUCCUUGUCAAGUGAUAGUCAAUGUGUGGGAGAGCCAUCUUCAUCCCCGCACCGUGAGCCCCACAGGAUCUCACCUAAAUGUGAUCGAUGGCCAUUUUGGAAUACACAAUGGGGCAAAGUGCAUCGACAGUGGUUGGCUGACAUGCCAGACAGAGAUUCGCCUGCGUCUGCACUAUUCCAAGACGUCUCCGGUAUCCAUCACCAAGAAGAAAUUCAAGAAGUCCCGCUUCAGGAUCAAGCUGACGCUGGAGGGGGUUGAGGAGGAAGAGGAUGAGGAGGAAGCGGAAAACCCACAGAGUGUGUCGUCCCCACACAAAGUGCCCACCACCCUGGAGAUCAGCAUGAUCAGCCCCAAAUGCUACAAGUCUCGCCACUCGCAGCCCGAGUGCGGUUACGCCCUGGAGCCCUCACAGUGGACCGAGUACAGCAUCCACAGCAUGGACCCUGACAACCUGGAGCUCACUUUUGAGUUUUUUGAGGAGGAUCUAAGCGAGCAUGUGGUCCAAGGUGAUGUUCACCCGGGACACGUGGGCACUGCCUGUCUCCUGUCUUCCACCUUCUUCGAGAGCGGCAGAGACCACGGUCUAGUCACGCUGCCCAUCAUGGGGCGCAACUCCAGGCAGACCAUAGGCAAAGUGCGAGUGGACUACCUGGUGAUCAGACCCAUCCUUGGACUACAGUGCGAAAUGAGCGCCACCUUCGCCAAGUACUGGAAGAAAGGAAGAGCCCUGAACGUGGGUCACCGUGGAGCCGGCAGCACGCAAGCAGCCAAGCAUCACAGAGUGCGAGAGAACACCAUCGCCUCAUUCAAGAGUGCCGCUAAACACGGGGCCGCUUAUGUGGAGUUCGACGUCCACCUCUCCAAGGACGCCGUGCCUAUCGUGUACCACGACCUCACGUGCUGCAUUUCCACUAAAAAGAAGAAAAAUGACCACACUCUGGAGCUCAUCGAGGUGCCUGUCAAAGAUCUGACGUUUGAUCAGCUACAGCUUCUCAAGCUGGCUCACGUCACUGCCAUGAAGGGAAGUGAUCUCAAAGAUGUAUUGGAGGAUGAUGACGAGAUCGACGAGCAUCAGCCCUUUCCGUCGCUAUCGCAGCUCUUCCAGGCUCUGCCUGAACAUGUAGGAUUCAACAUCGAACUGAAGUGGAUCUGUCAGAUGAAGGACGGUUCAUGGGAAGGCAACAUGUCAUCCUACUUCAACAUGAACAGGUUCCUAGACAUUAUUUUGUCUUGUGUUCUGCGGGAAGGAGGCAAGCGACGUAUCGUCUUCUCUUGCUUUGACCCAGAUAUCUGCUCUAUGGUGCGCCGCAAGCAGAACAAGUAUCCCAUCCUUUUCCUGACGCAGGGAAUCUCUGAAAAGUACCCGGAGCUGAUGGACAUCCGCUGCCAGACCACCGAGUUCGCCAUGAGCUUCGCUCAGAGCGAGGACAUCCUGGGCAUCAGCGCUCAUACUGAGGAGCUGCUAACAAACUUCAGCCUCAUCAGCGAGGCGCACAGCAAAGGCCUGGUGGUGUUCAGUUGGGGCGACGACAACAACGAUCACGAGAACCGGAGGAAGCUGAGGGAGCAGGGCAUCGAUGGGCUCAUCUAUGACAGGAUCUGUGAGGACCAACUGGAACAGCCAAACAUCUUCCAGGUGGAGGAACAACACUCCUUGCGGGAGGUCAUCACCGAGGAGACCCUCAAGAGUCCCGCCUGCUCCUGCUACUCGAUACCGUGCUCUUCAGCGCCGUGCGUCGCCGGCAAGGAGCGGGCCUGCAGCGGGAGCGCCGAGUCUGAUUCGGGCCUCAGCUCUUCAUAG